AUGGCCGCCCGCCUGGAGGGCCACAACCCUGCUCCUUUCUCGGCCAGUCAGUCCGGAGGACACGGCGACUUUUUGCAGGCGCCCCUUCAAGGGCCAGCCCCUGCCCAUCACGCCGUUGGAGGCAGCAGCAGCUCCGGUGCCAACGUCGCCAUCCUUAGACAGGAGAAUGUCAACAACGGAGAUGGAAGCUACCACUAUGCUUUCGAGAGCGCCGACGGCACCAAACAAGAGCAAAAGGGCGAACUGAAGGACUUCAACGACGGCGAAGAGCCCUCCUUGAGCGUCUCCGGCUCUUACUCGUACACCGAUCCUACCGGCAAGGUGCACACAGUCCAUUACACCGCCGAUAAAUACGGAUAUCACCCAGUAACCACGACGCAACAGAAACAAGCACCAUCGGCGAAUGCCGCCUACUUGCCACCUUCGAACCAAGGCUAUCAUUAUCAAAACUGA